AUGUCCCGCAAGCAGGCGGCGCGGGCGCGGCCCGGGAAGGCGGAGGCGGAGCGGAAGCGAGACGAGCGGGCGGCGCGGAGGGCGCUGGCCCGCGAGAGGCGGAACCGGGCCCAGGCCGAAGGGGAAGACGACGGCGGCGGCCUGGCCGAGCAGCUGCGAGGGCUCGGACUGCGCCUGCGCGAGGUGCCGGGCGACGGGAACUGCUUGUUCAGGGCUCUCGGGGACCAGCUCGAGGGGCACUCGCGGAACCACCUCAAAUACCGACAGGAAACCGUUGCUUACAUGAUCAAACAGCGGGGGGACUUUGAGCCUUUCGUGGAGGACGACGUCCCUUUCGAGAAGCACAUUGCCAAUUUGGCCCAGCCCGGGACUUUUGUUGGCAACGACGCCAUUGUGGCUUUUGCGAGGAACAACCAAGUGAACAUCAUCAUUCACCAGCUCAAUGCCCCCCUCUGGCAGAUCCACGGAACGGACAAGAGCAACGCCCGAGAGCUGCACAUUGCGUAUCGGUAUGGCGAGCACUACGACAGCAUCCGAAAGCUCAGCGAUAACUCAGCGGCUCCCGCUUGGCUGCAGACAGAGAUGUUGUGCCAGAAUGAAACGAGGAACAAAGAGGCCCUCCAGGUGAAGGGGGAGAGGCAGCAGCCCGAAGAGCAGACACCAGAUGAAGUUGAGGACGCCGUCCAGAAAGUUCGCAACGCCACCGGAUGCUUGGACGCUGAUUUAAUUGCCCAGGUCCUUGAAUCAGAGGAUUACAACAUCGAGUCAACCAUCUUUGCCGUUUUUCAGAUGAAAGAGUUGGAAAAGCUCCAUGCGGAGGAAGCCGUGGCCAACAGGCCGAAGCCGCAGCCCAGGCCGGCCCCAUGGGACGAGAACGGAAGCGGAGCCAGGGUCUUCGGUCGCCAGGAAAUAGAGAACAAUAAUAAGCCCCGGGGGAGUCCCGUGGAAAGAAACCGCCUGGGCAGAAAGCCGGCUCCAAAGGCCUCCAACAAGCAGAGGAAGGAGCUGCAACGGUUGGAGAAGAAGCGGCGCCAGGAGGACAGGCACCGGCAGAGAGUCCUGGCCAGCCAGGGCGGCCCCUCGGACAAUAACAAAAUCGCGACAGAGUCUGACUCCCCGGUCACCCUGGUGAAGACCUUUGCGGCCCUCAGCAUCUGACUUUGCGCUCACUUCUGGACGGCGGUUGCCUCCUUGAGAAGGGAGGAUGGGGCGAGCCCCAACGCACCUUAUGGGUGCCAGCGGAGGCAGGAUGAGCAGUUGGCCCUCUGGGAAGCCCAGGAAGGAGGGCCAGUGGGGGCCUUCCCCGUCCCUUGUUUCGGGGCUGCUCGAACCCCCCUCCUCUCAUUCCUGCCAGGUUCCUUUCUUCCAUCAACCUAGGGAGGAUCGCUGGCCGGAUAGUUGCUCUUUGGGGGACGGCUGCAUCUUUUCCUCACUUGCCGUGGGGCUAAACACAAGACUGGGGUGGCUCUUGCCUUGAAGCUUAAGGGGGCUGGUGGGGACGGGUGGAGGGCAGAGGGGCAGCCCUGGACCAGCUGGGAAACGGGACCUUCUGAUUUGCCUCAGUUCUCUCGGUUGGUGGGUGGAGGUGGAUAAGACUUUGCACGAGGGGGGUCUCUUGGGGAAGGCUGGCUUGGCAGAGCAAUGCGGGGACUUCGGGAAACCUGUUUGGGGGAAGAAGUAAUGUUUGGGGGAGGGGUUUUUUUCAGAGAUACAGGCCCCCUGCCCCCCGCCCCCCGCCCAAGAGAGGCAGAAGGGACUUUUCUGUACCGUGAGGAUCUCAAACCGUGGACAGCUUUUCUGCAAAGCUCCCGCAGGAUCUCAGGCUUCGUCUUUAUGUUCGAUAUGUAGUUUUGACGGUGUUGAAGAAACCCCAGGUUGCAAUUUUCCCUUAAAAACCCAUCUUUCCUCCGAAGAAACUUUUUUACAUUUCUUAUCUCUGACUUUUUCCAAAAAACAGCUGUUUAAAAACAUGCGUAAAUGGGAGGCAUCAUGAAGUGCCCAUUUGGAUCUCACAUGCCUUCACUGAUGGGUUAGAAAGGCAAGUUUGGGCUGGUGUGGGACGACUCUGGGUGAAAAUGCCUCAUUCUCUGACGAGUUUGGAAGAAGUCAGCAUCCUUGGGGUGCGCUACCCCAAAAACAGAUUUAACUGAUUGCUGUGGGAAAAAAGCACGUAUGGAAAAUAGGUGCUCUUUGCGGGUGGGUUGAGCUGCAGAAAUGUAUCAGGGCCCCUCCUGGCUAGGAACCCUGGAGGUCCCCCUCAUAGCACAUCUGGAGGGUGCCAAGUUGGGGAAUGGGAUGUGAAGAGGAUUGGUUGAUUUAUUUAAGCCAUUUCUAUGGCUGUCCUCCCCCUGCCCCUCUUCUCCCUUGGCACCCUCAAAGGAGACCUUAAAAUCAUUCUGGCGAGGCCGAGGAGCCUAACUGAAGACGUGGCGGGGUCACCCCCCAGGUCAGGUCCCUGUUCCUUUACAGGAGGUCAGACCAUCUGAUGGAGCCUGGAGCCCCAGGGUGGGUUCAGGACAAAACUAAUUUGAGGUUUUCUAGAACAGGCCCCAUUUGCCUGACUUGGUAAUUUGAGGAGAUGGGCAGCUAGGGGUGAGGAGGACAGGCGCUGAGUUAGGAUUGCUCAGAGCGCAAAUGGCCUGCGUUAGUUUGCGCAAAGCUUAUAAAAAACUCUGGCCAACCCCACCUAUUCCGGCCAGAAUUCUGUCCCUGG